AUGCCUAUCAAUCACGUCGCCCUCCCAACAACCCCCCGUACCCAUACCCGCAUGCGUGCCUUCUACCAAACCAUCCUCUCACCCUUAGGUUACACAAUCUACAAAGAACAAGCCAACCUCUACGUCGGCUUCCGUCCGCGCAACGGUGGCCCCGACUUCUGGCUGCACAGUACCUGCGAGGAGGUCGCCGCUCAAUUGGAGAGGGAUGGGUAUCUUUUCAACUCAAGCAAGGAUAAGGAGGAGGGCAAAAAAGGGUUGACGACGCAUGUUGCGUUCGAUGCGGGGGGAGUAAAAGAGGUGGAGAGGUGGUACAAGAUUGCUGUACAAGCAGGCGGCAUCCCCAACGGCGAGCCGGGCGAGAGGCCGCAGUACGCGAAGGGGUAUUAUGCGGCGUUUGUGCUGGACCCGAUGGGGAACAACGUUGAGGUUGUCUACUUCAAUCCGUGGUGGCUGCAGCUGAUCAAGGCUGCGCCGUGUGUGCUGUUUACGGUGUUUGGCGCUGUGGCGGGGCAUUUUGCUAUGAGGUGGGCUAGGAAUGCGGGUUGGGCAUGA